GAGGGGUUCAAACAUGCUUCAGGGCACCACUUCAGACUGGAUAGCUAAUGGUUGUCUGUGUCUCUCCUCCUUCACAGGAAAGGGGCACAAUGCUCAACCUCAGCUCGGCUCUGAGGUUGGAGCAAGGCAUGCAAACAGCAGGGACAACAGGAGGCCUCCAGAACCUGAGGAAAUUUAAUAAUCAGGACUUUGAGCACCUGCGAUCCCUGUGUCUGAGCCAAGGUCUGUUGUUUGAGGAUGACACCUUCCCUGCUGAUGUCAGCUCCAUUGGUCCUAACCUUCUCCCAAAGGAUAAGCUGCAGCACAUAGUGUGGAAGAGGCCAAGGGAACUUCUGAGAAACCCCUUUUUGAUAAUGGAUGGAGUUAGCAGAUUUGAUAUUAUUCAAGGAGUAAUAGGUGACUGCUGGAUGCUGGCUGCCCUGGGCUCCCUGACAAUGCAGAAGCGAUUUUUGGAAAAUGUUUUACCAAAAGACCAAGGAUUCCAGAGUGAUUAUGCUGGGAUUUUCCAUUUUCGGUUCUGGCAAUUUGGAGACUGGGUGGAUGUAGUGAUAGAUGACCGGCUGCCUUUCCUAAAUGGGAAUUACCUGUCUGUACACCCUCGAACAUCAAAUGAAUUCUGGCCAUCCUUGCUGGAAAAAGCAUAUGCCAAGUUGCAGGGCUCCUACCAGAACUUGCACGGGGGCUACAUUUCUGAUGCUUUAGUAGACUUCACAGGUGGAGUCCAAAUGCAGUUCUCAUUAAAGGACCCCCCUCCUGAUCUGGAGGACAUUCUGAAAGCUGCUAGCAAAUCUCAGUGUCUGAUGGGAUGUAGCACCUCAGGCCGGAUGAGAAACACAGUAUUAAGGAAUGGGAUUGUGCAAGGUCAUGCAUACACUGUCACAGGAGCCGUGAAGAUACAAUUCAAGAACCACUGGGAACAUAUCAUCAGAGUCUGGAAUCCAUGGGGCCAUGGGGAGUGGGAGGGGCCCUGGAGUGAUGGCUCUCCAGAAUGGGACUAUGUUGAGCCUGAAGUUAAGGAAGAGCUCUACAGAAAGAAAAAUGAUGGAGAAUUCUGGAUGUCCUGUAAAAACUUUCGGGAGCAGUUUUCCUGGCUGUGUGUUUGUAACUGCACCCCAACGUUUCUGGACUUUGGAGAUCAGCACCACACAGGAUGGUCUGUGGACAGACACAUCAACCUGUGGAGCCCGCUGCUCACUACUGGCAGGAAUGACUGGUCCUCUGGUGCAGUUUCAAAGAACCCUCAGUAUUUCUUCAAAGUAACAAAUUAUGACCCCAAAUCCUACAAUGUGGUCAUUUCACUCAUACAAAGAAAUGCAGAGGGUAUGCAGGAUGCACAAAAAUUGAAGAUUGGCUUUUUUAUCACCACGGAGAACUCCAAAGUUCUGAAACAAUAUUUCUCCCUUGCACGAGACGUGAGCAGCUGCUUUAAUUUGAGCCCAGGAACUUAUGCUGUCAUUCCCGCUACAACAGAGGACCGAGAAUUUGAAUUUGUCUUACGAAUUUUUGUAAAGAAUCAAGACUACAAUGAGAACUCAAACUCUCAGCUCAACCCAGUGCUGCCAAUGGAUGUACCAAGACAGAAACAGGACGGCUCCUAUAAGGCUAUCUUCCUAAAAUAUGCGAAGCAGGGCUCAGCUAUUGAUGCUUUGCAGUUGCAACAACUUCUUAAUGACGUGGUCCUGCAAGAUGAAAUGACCAGCCUGGGAGGAGAGUUCAGCUUUGAUUCAUGUCGAGCCAUUUUAGCUCUGAUGGAUCUCAGUUCAAAUGGACAACUCACGCUGCAGGAGUUUGGGAGCCUCUGGCGAAGUGUCAUCAAGUACAUGGAUCUCUUCAAGAGAGAAGACAGAAAUCGUUCUGGAUUUCUUGAUAUAUCUGAACUGAAGAGUGCAAUACAGACAGCAGGCCUGCCGGUCAGUGAGCAGAUCCUGCGCCUGAUGGCCCUGCGCUACGGCAGUGUGAACAGGAGAAUGGGCUUUGCUGACUUCGUGAGCUGCAUGCUGCGCCUUGAAACCAUGACCUGUGAGUCCUGGAGCUUUACCACAGGGUGCCUGCAAAGCCGGGCUGACAGAAGGAGGCAAGGGAAAAACUGCCAGACACCAUAAUACAGGCUUACGGAACUGCAUGGGCCAAAAAUCUGGGCCCAGCCAUCCCUUUGGACUUAGGCUUAUCCUGAGAGCUCCCGUGCACUAAGACAGGCUAAUUUUCCCAAAUGUCCCUGCAUUGGUGCCCUUUCACAAAAGCUUGAGCAUCCUGUUUUGCACUAGAUCUUCCUCUAAGCUGGCAUUGCCUAUACCACAGGAGGGAGACUGUGUUCACUCAUGCCCAGUGAGUGUAUCAGGGAACUGUUAAGGUUGGAAAGACCUCUAAGAUCAUUUAGUCCAACCAUCAGCCCAUGCCUGAGACCGCUCCAGAGCACAUCCCUCAGAGCCAUAUCUCCGUGGUCCUUGAACACCUCCCGGGAUGAUGACUCCACCACCACCCUGGGCAGCCCAUGUUCCAGUGCCUCACUGCUCUUCCUGAGACAAAUUUGUUCUCAAUACCCAACCUGAACAACCCCUGGUGCAACUUGAGGCCGCUGUCUCUCAUCCUAUCGCUCUUACCUGGGAGAAGAGGCCAACUCCCACCUUCCUACGACUCCUGUCAGGCAGCUGUGGAGAGCCAUAAGGUCUCCUCUGUGCCUCCUAUGAAAUGGAAGGCUUUCUCUUUUUUAUUUCUAUUUCUUUAACUGGAGAGGUAUUCCCUCUGUCUUCAGCACAGUUCUCCCAAAGUUUUGGUAAGGAGAAGGCGUGAGACCCUUUCAGUGGGAAAACAAAUGCAUUUCCUCUGUUGUGUCCUUGUAUUGUCUGGCAAGGAAGGGAGUGACUGUAAAUGAAAGUGCCUAAUUCUGUUUUAUAAAAGCAUAGUUUUUACUGCUAUAAUUAUAAGCAUUUGGACUGGAAAUAGCAAUAGUUAAAGAAAUCCAGCAAUUGUAACCCACAUGCUAGAACAUUGCUACAGCAAUUUAGUUCAUCUUUGGAAUGAGCUGUGUUUCAGCAGCACGUGGAGUUGGGGGGUUAUUUUUUGCCCAUGUUUUAGCAGUGAUGUUUUAGGAAUCACCAGUUGUCAGCAGAUCUGCCUGGGUGAUGAGACUGCCUAAAAUUCCAUUUCAACAGAACACAGAAGCUGCUCAUAUAGUCAGAGCAUGUCCCAAUCUUAAUACUUUCACUAAAAAUACAACUUUUAAAUGUCUUUAUUUCUAUGAUUAUGUCACUUACCGUAGAUGGGAAUUCUUAUGCCUAAUGCAGUCCCGGAGCAAUUUUUUCAUCAUAAAAAAUGUCCUUUUAUGUUUUAAGUGCCAGCGUAAAGACAACUCCUUUAAAUCCAUUUGGACAAGAAUCUUUAAAAAUCUCAUUGCCUCCUGUAAUGAGUGUCUAAAGAUGUUCUCGAGCCUUUCAUUUAUUGCUUUACAGAGGGUUUAAUGUGUAAUGCAUUUCCCAAUCUUUUCAACUCACUGUAAGAUUUUUAGAGGAGUGGAUACGGGAGCCAAGUGGAAAGAAAAGACAUUCCACCUUUAUGGGGAUGUGAAUGCAGCAGUGGAGACAGAUCUGUCUCACUGAAUCAUUACUCAUCCUUUCAGGAUCGCCAGAGAUGAGACCCAAACCAAAAGCAACAGCUUCUUUGCAAAUUCUAUUUAACUGGAGGUAAUGAAGCAGUAAAGGGGCACUUCUGCUCAGAGGAGGCAACUUCAGCACUGCAUUUUUUUCCUAGAAAGACUGCUGAACAGAAGCUGGCCUGCAAAUACAGCCUUGCUAAGGAGCUGGGUGCAAUGUGGGCAUUUCUUUGCUCUAUGCACUUUCUUCAAAGCAGUAUGGGGUGGCUGUUCUUCAUUAUGUUGAUUUUCCUCCCCCCCUUCUCUCUGGGUCAUAUAGGUAACUCUGGUUGCCUUUGAGCCCAGGAAACCUUCUUGUCCUAAGGGGCUGAUGAGCAGUGGGGCUUUGUGCCCUGUUCCUACGCUCUCCCAGCAACCUUCCAUUUCUCUAAAGCUGGGUAGGUUUUGAAAAAGGCUCCUAGAGCAAUUUUUCAUUCAAGGACAGACAAACUUAGAUUUAACUUUUCAUUACUGUUUAUAACUGCACAUUUCUAAGAGAAAAGUAAUUUUGAAAUAAAUAGGAGCUCAUAAUGCCGUGUUUUUGUUUCAUCCAAACACUUAGGUUUCCUAACGCUGCUUCUAGACAAGCUGAAAUAGAAAUGUGCUUUUAGAAUAUCAGCGUUUGAAUGAAUUCAAAUUUUCUGAUGGCAAAGGGUUCUGUCAGAAAAUGUUAAGCAACGUUAAUUUCAAACCCGAGAUGAAUAACAGCAGCAUCUGCAUUUCUAUUCCCUGGAAAAACCUCAUAAGGCAUACUAAUGACAUCAAGAGAAUCAUUUUCCUCAGGGCACAUUGUAAUCACUCACUGAAAGGGAGGGUGGAAAAGGACCAACGCAAGUUUCCCUGGGGGAAGAUGUUUCAUUAGUCUGCUGUUCGCCGUCAUCCUUCAGGCAGGAGGUACCACUGAAACAAAUCACAGGAGGAGAUGAGAGCAGUCACGUGGAGUGCUCCUGUUCCUAUAUUUUUGCUUAAUUGUGGAUGUGCAGUUGGGAUGCUUCACUUGCUGUGAUGCUAGGGCCGAGGCACAGGGGGUGCCCAGCACAGAAAUAUGAUGUGGCCCGGCAGGACAGUGUAUGUGGGCACUUGAGUGAGGCAGAACGUUCCAACACGAGGACCACAGCUCUGCUCCAGGGCUUAUUUUGCAGUUUGUGUUGCAUUCUUGCUUCUUCCUCCUGAAAUAAGCUUUUCUUUGUUCUACUCCUAGAUGCAUUUCAAAACUUAGCCAAAGGUGGACCACAAGUUUUGAUGACGGUGAUGGAGGUAAGGAUGCUCCUUCCUUCUCUCCAGCUCCACAGCAGGACCACAGAGUUAAGUUAGCAGGAGGAUGAUGCUAAGGGGGUUGUGUCAGUGCUGUGGGUGUUGGCAGGAGCUUUGCUGCAGUGUGGGUUUUACCUGGCUGGGUGUGCAUAAUGGACCUCAAGAGGUAUUACCUGGGGAUCUCUACUCACACAGCCUUACUAGUAUGAGGACAGCUCAGUGGUGGCCAACCACAUCCAAAACACCGUCCCUUCUCAUGCACUCCCAGUUCUGUCACUGGUGGAAACGUUACUUAUAGUGGCUUUGAGGAAGUGACAAAAACAAACAAGAAAAAUCCAUGCCCUCAUUUCAUACUGCCCCAUCUGUUAGUUCUGGACUGCAAAACAGCUUGCUUUUAUGAAAGAAAGAACAGACAAGUGCUUGCUGUUGCUGUUUGUCUUACAAAGCACAGCCUAGAUAGCUAGCUGAAUGGGGAUAUAGUGAGCUUUUCAUCAGCCAAUCUAAAGCAAAAAAUCCUGCUGUGCUCUACAGUGAUGUGCCUGAGUGCUGCAUUUUAUCAGUCUGGAAGCUAUUUUUUUUCUGACAAAACAGUGUUUAAAAGGUUUUAUUAAAAGGAUAACCACAUUCCUGGAGCCUGCUACCUCUUCUGCUCGCAGCCAUGCAGGUGCCAUCCUUUCCCAGCUAUUGCUCCCACUGCAGCUGCUGCAGUAAUUUAUCAUGGAAAGUAACAUAUGGAAGGUGUUUCUGGGUCUGAAUUGUAGUAAGGGAAAAAGACAGCUUCAAAACCCCUUAACUGUUCUGUGCAGGACAAAAGGACCACAGUGACUGGGUUGCAGCCUGAAGGUACUGAGACACAAGGCUGAAGACUUAGUGCAACAUCACUAUCUUAAUAUGCCUUUUUCUUUUUCCAGUGGCUGACUCUUGUCAUGUACAUCUGAAGAGUUGUCAGAGCUCAAUGUGCUGGUGAGAAAUCUCCUUAGUACUGUACACACUGAGAAGGGGUGGUGCCCUUAGGGAACACGAGUCUGGGGGGGGCUUUACAGACAGCUCACCUUGGGCUAUGGUUGGAUUAGAAAGGAAGAAAAAAGGUGAGAGCUGCAGUGUGAGGGUGCUGGGGAGGGAUUGCAAUGGCAUCUAAGGGCUGCAAAGGGAAAUGGACAGUAACUGGACUUCUGGCAUUUUUUCCUUGGGAAUUACUGAUGGCACUACAGGGUGCUCAGACUGCCAAUGGCUCAGUUUGCCCUUGCCCUCUUUCUCCACGUGAAGUGACACAUUUACAACAGAUCAGUUAGUAGAACUUAGCUUUUUUGUCUGCCUCUGAGGUCUGAAAUUACUUCUGCACAUCUUACCUAGAAGUGGCAACUUUAAAACCAACUAGAGAUGUGAUCUUUUUGUUAGUUUGAUAGCCCAUUUUUAACUGUAUUACAUAAUUUAGUUUAUUUUUGAACAACAAUCCCCACCUUGUGUUUCAUUCGGUGCUUGCUUCCUCCAUGUCAGACCUGGAGAGAAGCAUUAAGUGCCCCCUAAGUUUACUUAAAUCUUCCAGCUUUGCUAGUUGGUUCUAGAGAAGGACUGUACCUUUCCUACAAAACUUGUCCCAUUAAUAAACCACCUCAGCCAUCAUACUUUGGUUAAUCCACUGGGAUGCAGCUGUUCCCAAUUGCAGUGUUAAAGCAUUAGUCUGGUUCCAAACAGCUGGCACUGAGGAGAAAACAGAGAUGAAAACCAAUCCUUAGAGAAAGGGCAUGGUGAAGAACCAGAAGUGCCCGGCUGAUGUGCUGAGGUUGGACCCAGAAACUCACUGUGUACCUUUGGCAAAGUCACACACUUGCCUUAUCAACCCUGUUCAAAAUCUGAGUGAAAAAAAAAAAAACAAACCAAAACCAAACUCAGGGUCUUCAUUGGAAUUCAGAGACUGCAUCCAUCUGAGGCUUUCUAUAGACAGAUUUUGUGAUCAUAAAUAAUACAUAAACAGAACGUCUGGUAUCUCACAUCCUGUUUCUGAAGGCAGUUGACAUUGAAUGCCAGCUUCAAUGAGAAGUUAGAAGGGGAAAUAGACAAUAAAUCCCAAUCCCAGGGGAGACAGAGAGAUGGAUUCAGACCCAAGGCUCUGUGCCUUUCACCCUUGGCUCCAGGACAGUCUUCAUGCCCAGCUGCUCCCCUGCCUUGGCUGCUAAUUGCAGCUGCUGUGCUCAGCUGCAGCAGGAGCUGGGCCUCACUGCUCAACACUGCGAUGCUUUCACCCCUCCAAGUGUGUUUGUAGUUAUUUACCUGAAGGUUUGCCCUUUGCAGACUUGCCUUGGACAGCACACCUUCCCUUUGUCACAACAAUGCUGUAUUUUGGUGUAUUCAUGCUGGGUAGAAGCAGGUUAUUAACAACACAGCACCCACCCCUUGCACCACAUGGUGCUAUUAGGUAAAUAUGAGACUAGAAGGAUCUCACUUUGGGGAUUAAGUUGCUUAAAUUACUGCCUGCAAAUGAUAUUCAUAGUCUAUUUAGUCUCCUUUUCUCCUUUCAUGAAUCAUUCAUAAACCGAUCAUAACUUCUGCAAAUAGAUCAUUAAUCAUAAUUUUCACUUACCAGUUUUGAAUGAAAUUUUGCCUGUAGGGUGUUUGUAAGCUUUCACUUCAGUAGUUCCCCACUUGCUUGCAAAUGGUGAUUGGGCAGCAACAGCACGGGCCCCUCAGAGGACAGAAACUCUUCAAGCUACAGCUGGACAAAUCAUGAGUAGUGUGGAAGAACACAUGGAUUGUGUUGCAAAAUUCUGAUGUGCAAAAUAGCCUCAAUGAUUUCCAGAGCUUGACCUCCAGAUGUCUGUGUUCUGAGCAAGUCUCUUUAACUCUCUUUCAGGUGGCUUUUCUCCAAUUUGGUAUGAGGCACCUCCAGAUCAUCCCAUUCAAUCCCAUCCAUGGGGCUCUAGAAGAACCAAAUGCUGGAGGCAUGAAGCUGGGUUUUCUUAUUUGCUUACGUGUCACGGUACUUAAAACUGAAAAAUAUCUGUAACUUCUCAGUAACCCCCACACAAACUUCACUUCCUUUCUUUAAGCAUGAUGAUAAAAGUGAUCUGAUGUUCCAUUCUACUCAUCUACUGGGGCUAGCCUGGCAUUUUUUUUGGUGGUGGGGACAUCACCUUUUGUAGCACCCUGGGGAAAUGUUAUAUGCUAUAGUUUCAGAGCACCUACCCAGCUCCCUUCCUCAUGGGACAAACUGCUACGUGAGGCUGAUGCUCAUUAAACAAGGAACAUAGCCAUCCACUUUAGAAAAUAGCAUUUCCUUGUUUAAUAUGCCAUAUAUUAGAUUCAGUGCUAUUCAGCUCCAAAUGCCAAGCUGCCACUGAAUCAAACCUGGUUGUGUGAGAAGAAAGAUUGCUGUGCGAAUAGCAAUGUGUGUUUAAGAGGAAUGCAUUUAGGAAAGGAGAUGGGGGAUCUCUGUAGGAGGAACUGUUUGACCAUUCAGGGGCUGCAGGCAUCCCUUGAAGCACUACAUGUGAACAUUUGUACCUCAAGGCGUACAGCAGGCCACAGCUCCAGCCCUCUCUUUUAAUGCCCAUUUAAUAGAAGCAAGUGCUAAAGAAGGCAGAUGUCAGCACUCACUCAUCUCUGCUGCCCGGAGGUGGAAGCACGACUUUGCAGAUACUUCUUCAUAGAUAGAAGACACUUUCUAAAGCCAAAGUUCAGAGUAUGGGAUAGAGGAAUUCAGUUUCCAUUAAAUCACAUCAGGAAAAAUCACUUCUGUAUUUCUGGUGCAAUUUCAUUUGUUACAGCUUUGGGGGAGGAGGGGGGACAGGGUCAUGCUGUUGGGAAUGACUCAAGAUGCCGUUUGCAGUCCAUGCAGGCUCUCCAGGAUGUGCCUGCAGUGCACGUCCUGCUGGGCCAACAGUGGCCACAUUCCCAGUGACCUGUAUUAGAAGCAUUCAAAAGUUGCUCAUAAAGGCAUAAUUUACCUGAUGAAUGGACUGAGAUGGUGAUUUUGUGUGAGAUGUUAAGCACGAGCAUCUGGAUAUUUCAGUAUAAUGAUGCAUUUCUGCCAUACCACUAACCAAAAAUCACUCCAUUAGGCAUCUGUGGCUUUCAAAACACUUUGUGGGUGAAUUGGUUCUGUUGUCUUGGUGGGGGAACUGAGGUGUAGAAGAGUUAUUUCUUUCUCUAAGUCAAUAGCAGAGCAAAAACAAGAUUAAGAAAAGGGCAGGAUUGCUGAAAAAAAAA